AUGCGGUUCACGCUGUUGUCGGCCCUCUUGGCGCUGCCUGCCGUUGUCGUUUCCAUCGUUAUCUUUCCUGAUCCCGAAGUCUUCCAGACUCAACCUGGAGCCUCUCUUGACCGGUUGUCCGAGCACGCUGCACACGACGUGCAAUUAUCACCAAAAUAUGCCGGAAGACGGGUAUCGCAAGCUGCUAAAGAGGCGGACAGGGAGGCUGCAGACGAGCUCAGACUCACCCCCAAAAUCGCUUACCUCCCUCAUACCGUCGAGAAGAUUGUGGAAGACGACUGGGUCAAGGUUACAAGGCUUUCCCCCAAGUAUUUUUCACCCCCGAAGAUAGCCGACGAUGGCUCCGACGACGAUCAACCUCUUCCCGUGGUGAUCUGGCACGGUCUGGGGGAUUCAGCCGAUGCAAAAGGAAUUAAGGAGGUGGCGGCUAUGUUGGAUAACAUCCAUCCAGGUACAUAUACAUACAUCAUCACCCUGGGAGGCAGCCCCGGCUCUGCAGAUCGCCAGGCUUCGUUCUUCGGUAACGUCACUGAACAAGUCGAUUCCGUCUGUCACAUACUGGCUGAUGACAAUAUUUUGCGUACGGCACCGGCCGUCGACGCAAUUGGAUUCAGCCAAGGUGGCGUGUUUCUGAGAGGCUAUGUCGAGAGGUGCGGCAAUUGGGCACCGAAGGUUCGAUCCUUGAUCACUUUUGGAUCUCCGCACAAUGGUAUCGCCGAGUUUCAGAAAUGCGCCUCGUCGUCGGAUUGGAUUUGUCAAGGCGCCAACGCACUUCUCAAGAGCAGCACUGUCUGGUCCGACUUCAUCCAAUCGAGACUGGUUCCUGCCCAGUAUUACCGCGAUACCAAAGACUUUGACAACUACCUCCAGCACUCAAAUUAUCUGGCGGACAUCAACAACGAGCGCACACUCAAGAACGUCACGUACGCCCAAAACUUGGCGACCUUGGAAAGACUCGUGAUGAUCCUCUUUUUCAACGACAAGACGCUGAUCCCCAAGGAGAGUGCAUGGUUCGCAGAAUUCAACCAAACCGAAAACUCAGUCACACCCCUGAGAUCUAGGCCUAUUUACAAGGAAGAUUGGAUUGGGCUGAAGAAGUUGGAUGAAAAAGGCGGUUUGAGGUUCGUAAGCUUGCCCGGUGACCACAUGGAGUUGCGAGCGAAGGAUUUGAGAAACUUGUUUGAAGUGUACUUUGGACCGGCUGGCAAAGAGUUUGAGGAGUCGCUCAACUUGGUGGAGGAGCCGGAAAUGAGAAUGAAGUUGGAAUUGUGA